AAAAUGAUACAUGGAGUAUUUUUUUUUGGUGGUGGUGGGGGGUUAUUUAAAUAAAAUACAAAAACCCCGAAAAUGGUUAAUAUCUGGUAAGUCACGUGCAUCUCGCGUGAUAAUAUAAUUUCGGGCUUCACUAAUUCGACCUUUCAAUCGAAUACUAUUACAGACCUCGUCGCAUUUCACAAAUAAAGAAACCCUAGUUCUUUCCCUACCAGUUUUAAAUCAGAAAAUAACAUCUUUGAAUGUUGAAUUCCCAUAUUUUUCAUCUCUGAGGCCGUGUUCAAAUCGGAAAUGGGUUCGCCACUCAUAGCUGGAAUUGCUGUUGCUGCUGCUGCUCUAGCAGGUAAAUAUAGCAUUCAGGCAUGGCAAGCAUUCAAAGCAAGACCACCAACUGCCAGAAUGCGUAAAUUCUAUGAGGGAGGUUUCCAACCAAAAAUGACUCGCAGGGAAGCAUCACUUAUUCUUGGAGUCAGGGAAAGCACUCCACCAGAUAAGAUAAGGGAAGCACACAGGAAGGUGAUGGUAGCAAAUCAUCCUGAUGCAGGUGGUAGCCAUUACCUUGCUUCUAAGAUUAAUGAAGCUAAAGAUGUGUUGCUUGGGAAGUCUAAAAGUGGUGGCGACUCGGCUUUUUAAUCUUUACACUAGGGCUUCGGCAAAGUUUUGACCGUACGAGUUUGUGCCUGACCUCUAAAAAACAAUUACGUGGGGGGGAAGAUCUUCAAUUUUAUUACAAAAGAAAAGAAUAUAUUCUUUGGGCAGGGGUGUAAUCUUUGAUGUGCUUGAGUAGUAGUACCGGCUGCAGUAAACCUUGUGCUAUUUACCCAACUCUAAUUUCUACGCUUAGAUGUGUAUAAGUGAAGAUAUGCUUUACAAGGAUUGCAAUAAACUAUUAAAUCUGAAUGGAUUGACUUCAGAAUUUCGAUC